AUGGAGGGUUUGGGAGAUAAUAUCCCUUCUGUCCAUCGCAGAUGUUUUUAUUCCUCUGCUCCCAGGACUAACCCAAGCCGGUCUGUACCAGGAGUAACGGUAUACACAAUUUCGGACAAACCAAACUCUUUUGGCUUAGAAUCUCUUAAACCAUAUUCACCUCUUUCUACAAUAGCCAGAAAUGCGUCACUCACAUUUGACUGUCAUUUGGGGAGCAGUUGUUAUGGUUGCACAAUCCCCGACAGCAAUCUAUUCCAACAGGGUGUGAUGAAACCAACUUCUCAGGCGUCUCUAUCUGGACACUUAUCAGAUAAACCAAUGCAUUUCUCCGGGUUUUCAAGUUCCAACAUACACUGCAGUGAAAUGCAGUCCAGACUGAAAGACGUUGGAAAUGUUUACCAAGGCUACACGGGUCUUUACCCGAGAAUCUCUGGAUACAUUGAUGUACCUGUUGUGACAAGGGGGGGUCCUGGAGAUCCGAGGCAUGAGGACUAUCAGCAAUUGAACUGGGCUAAUAGUUGGAGCAAUCCACUGUAUUAUGCCAGAGAACAGAAGCAAGGCUCGCAAUUCUGGAAGUCAUCCCUCACAGAGGAAGCAGUAAUGAACCAGCCAGAUGUCUGCACUUCAUACGGACGUGGGAGGAAGAAACGGGUGCCCUACACGAAACUACAGCUCAAGGAACUUGAACGAGAGUACACCAUUUGCAAGUUUAUUACCAAGGAGAAAAGACAACGGAUAGCUUCUUCCACCAACUUGUCUGAGAGACAAGUAACAAUAUGGUUUCAAAAUCGUCGUGUCAAAAACAAGAAGCUUUUAUCAAAAGAUAGAGACCUUGAAACUUUCUCUUGA